AUGGAGUACUUAUGGAACUUAUGGAGUCGUCAAGACCAUCUAUCUUUCAUCACAUCCAAUUCACAACCCUACAUACUACUUAAGUGCGCACCGGCUGCAUCACUUGCAAGUACGACACUACCGCCACAUGCACGAGCAGGGACUGAUCUGCCUAGAAUCCGCCACAAAAAGUGUGACGAGGCUAUCCCGGCCUGUAGGAAUUGUACCAGCACCGGCCGAAAGUGCGAUGGCUAUGCACAGGUCCCGGAUAAGAGGACCCGGCCGUGGCGUCAGCCUGCAGACACGGGAAGUCAGUGCGCAUAUCAACCUCAUAGCAUAGGGAUUCCAGGCCAGGGACUCUCGUGGAAAGAGCGCUGGCAUCUGGACUACUUUCGCCGCUGCACCACGGUCCAAUGUGCGGAGUAUUUCCAAGAUGCAUUCUGGGGUCGUCUGGUCCUCCAGAUGUGUGAGGGACAGCCCGCGGUGCAACAUGCCGCUAUCGCGAUGAGUGCGAGACAGUGCCAGUUCGAAGAGGUGCAAACGAAACAGGUGGAAGAUCGAGAAAGCGUCUUGGCCCUGAGCCAUUCACACAAGUCCAUCACCUGUCUGGGUGCAGAUCUUGUUCGCCAUGACUCUAACCGUGCGCACAAAGAGACCGUCCUGGUUAGCUGUAUCAUUCUUACCAUGCUUGCGCUGUUCCAACAGGAUUUGUUCACGGCCCGAUGCCAUUUGCGAUCUGGUUACAACCUGUUCAAGGAAUGGGCGGCAAUUGACACUAAGCCAAGCCCUCAUAAGGAUAUUAUAGAGCAAGCGUUUUCGCAGGUCCAGAUCCACUAUUCAACCUGCGUAAACCCAAGGGAAUUCCUCAACAAUCAUCGUUUGCUGCCGCCGCGGCCUCCCCAAAGCGACAAGGCUGCCACUCAUGAUGCAGACCUCGUCCGGGAGAGUCGAGGAUUACUGGUCAUUGGACGGCAGAUCGUGCAAAGCCACCCUGGAGGGGGCUUCAGCAUAUCACGCGCGAGCUCUCCCCUCAACCGCGGGGGAAUAGCAGUCCUGAGCAAGUUGCGACUUUGGCGCAGCCAACUGAAGUUCUUCGAGUCCAACGGACUCCAUUCUCAGCGCCAUCGGGAUAUGCUUGCCGUGCUCGAGCUGUGGACCUUGAUCAUCAAUGUGAAGAUGUCUGUGGCAGAUAGCCAGGAACCAAGCGAGGCUCUUUAUGAUGACUAUCUGACAUAUUUUCAACGAGCCAUCUUGCUGGCGAGAGAACUACUACGCCCAGACGUAAGUGAAGUACCAGCGCCCGUCUGUUAUAUCAAGCCGUCCGUCGUGGCUGCCCUCCUUUGGUGUGGGGUGAAGUGCCGUGACUGGAAGACCCGGGAUGAUAUUCUAGCUUUGCUGAGGGGGUGCAAUCACCAUAGCCCAUGGGUUUCUGCUGUGACCACUUCCAUUGAGAGGUUGAUUCAAAUCGAGAGCGACGACAUCGCGCAGGGAGCUCCUAUCCCAGCAGCUGCUCGUGUCGAGUGUGUCUCCAUAGGUCCUCUUCUGGACAGUUUCGAGGUCCAGCUACGGUAUCAGCGAUUCCAGCCUGGGUCGUGUCGCGAUGAAGAUGCGUGGGAAAGCGUUACUAUGCCUUGUCAAUAA